UUUUUUUUAUUUUUUUAUUUUUACUCAUUCCUAAUCGUCUUCAUUCAUUUUCAUUCUUUCAUUCAUUUCAUCGUGGUCAUUCUUGUACUUUCCUUAACUUUAUGCUCAUUAAUACUACAACGACACGUUCCUUAGUUUUUCUUUCUUUUAUAUAAUUUCGUUUGAACACGUUUGUGAUCCAUACCCACACAGUCACCCACUCGAGCAUUUUAUUUUAUUUUCACUCUCCACCUUAGUACCUUGAUAUAUAGGAUAUAUACAUCAUAUUCAGCACUCAACCCAUCCACAUUCCUUCUCACGAAACGAUUGCCUUUCUCUUCCUUUUUUCUCCUUUUGCCCUUUUACAGUUAUACUCUUUACUUUCAUAAUUAAUUAAUUCAAUUUCAUAUUGAUACUAUGGCAGUCUCUCACAUUCAGGUCGCUGCUUCUUCUGUUGGUCAUGCCACCAAGGACGACAACAUUAAAGUUACUUUCCAAACACUCUCAAAAUUAUCUCCACCCAAACCAUCGCCGCUUACAAUGUUAACAGACACCACCAGUACCACUACUACUGCAAUAACAACAACAGCAACAAUGGUGCCCACAUCAAAUACAGCAGCAGUUACUGUAUCAACACCUACAGAGGAGUCUUUUGAUCAGUACGAUGACUCCGAUAUAGAUGCACCACUUGGUAAAUGGGUAGGGGCGACAAGAGAGACGCUGCAGGAAGGUCAAAUCAUCAAGUCAGGUUAUCUUAUGAAGAAGGGUGAACGACUCAAGAUUUGGAAGAAGCGAUGGUUUGUUCUCAGGACAUCCAAGCUGGCCUAUUACAAAGAUGACAAGGAGUAUGAAUUGUUAAGGAUUGUAGACCUUCGCGAUAUCCAUCGGGCAGCUGCAAUGCCUAUCAAGCACAAGCCAGGAACAUUUAUCAUCUUGACUCCACAGCGGACUUUCUCUGUACAAGCUACCGAUAUCCUAGAGAUGCAAGAUUGGAUCAAUGCCAUUUCUGAAGCUAAGAUUCAAUUCGAAUUUAUGGCUUCAAACUCGGACUUGGAAUCUUAUUCAGAAUCAACAGUUCAUCUUGAACAAUCUCCACAGCUAUCAACUAUACAAGAGGGACAGCAGCAGCAACAGCAGCAGCACUCAACCUCUCAGAUGGCAAACAAGCUUCAUCUAACAUCAUCACCAACAGCAUCUACGGCAACACCAUCAAGAAAUUCCGUCACAGGGAUGAUUUUACCAAAAUGGCAGUUACAGCGACCUUUGUCGUUAUUAGAUCCAGACCUUUUAGAUGGAAAAGAAAAGCCACAUGCAAAAGGUAAAAGCGUAGCGGUGCCAUCCUCUUCAGGCGUUACUACGUCGUCAUCUGUUGGGACUACAUCUCCGCAAUCAGUUGGAAGUAUUCUGGGUAGACCAACAAUAAGGACAAGUGGACUGCGGCACCCUGCAGAAGGCCUAUCACUGAUCACCUCUUCUGGGGUUCAGACCAAGACUCAGGCCCAGGCAAUACAAAUCUCGUCCCCAUCCUCUCCUUAUAUGGAACAAGUGUACUCAAAUGAGCCCCCUGUGGGUUCGCUUUCAUCCGAGCAGUCAUUUAUUGGGGCAGCAGCAGCAGGGCCAAGUAUCCCAGGGACACCAUUAUCACCAGUCAGAUGUUAUUCGGGCGGAGAAAUGUUUUGGAUGGCAAGCCAAGAGCAUAACAACCAAUCCUCCAGUGAAGAGGAUGCAGGGGAUGAUAGUCCUGAUCCUUGUAUAGCAGAAGUAGCACGCGUUGCUUCUGAGGCCAAUGCUUCAGCAUCUGGUACAGCUACGGACGAGCAACAUGAAAGUAGUGUUGUCAUACAAGGACACCUUUACAAGCUAAGCAACAAAUACAAGACAUGGCGCAAGAAGUGGUUUGUUUUAAGAGGCGAUAAUCUGGCCUAUUACAAAGACACUAAGGAAUACCAACCACAUGGGAUUAUCCCAUUGUCAACCAUCAUCGAUUGUCUUCAGACCGACCCAAUAUCAAAGUCAAAGCAAUACUGUCUCCGAAUUGUCACAGCUAAGAGGUCAUUUAUAUGCUGUGCGCCAGAUGAGGACACACUCUUGCAAUGGCUUGAUACCCUUCAUGUAGAGUGUGAUCGUGUUGCGCAAAUAGCCCGCCAGGAGGACAUGGUAGAUUUUUUGUGCCAACAACAACGGCAUAAUCAGCAAGGAUCGGAAUCAUUACAUGAUGAUGAUGAUGAUGAUGACGAUGAUGAAGAACAGGCGAAGCAAUUGGGAGGAGGAUCUAGGCUCCGGAUGAAUCUUCAUAAUCCACUUCCUCAUCGUCCCAGAUUCAGGUCCAAAUCUGGAGACAACUCUGGUUCCGGAUUUUUCGGUAGUAGUGCCAACAGUGCCAGCGGUGGUAACUUGGAUUCUGUAGGGACGCAGCUUCGAAAAGUAUUAAGUCUGGACAGUGCAACAAAUACGGUUCCAGCAUCAGUCAUGGUGUCUACUUCGGAAACAGGAUCUGGAUCAAUGAAUAGGAGAGCUUCUGCGGCAGGAGCACCAAGUGUAACUUUCCAAAUUCCGGUCAUCGCUCCUCUAUAACAAGUCUCCUAGC